AGUCUCUCUUCCCUCCACCCUUGUCGCUGCUUCCUCUACGAGCAGCUUGGCUCCUGCUUGGAGCACAAGACUGGACUUUGACAUUCUUUUCAUGAAAGGGGUUUCCAAGUAGUUGAUUUAUAAUAACUUUGAGAAGAAGUUCUAUGUAGCUCUUACUUUCAAGAGCGCUGCAAAAAUGAUUACUUCAGAUUUGCCAGUACUACAAGCUCUCAUGCACUGGUCAUCUUGCAAACUAAAAAUAAAGCACAUGAGUAACAGGGAUUCUACAAAUGAAACUACUGCACAUUCAGAUGCUGGCAGUGAGCUUGAAGAAGCAGAAGUCAAAGGAAAAAGAAAAAGGGGCCGUCCUGGCAGGCCUCCAUCUGCCACUAAGAAACCUCGGAAGUCUCCAGCAGACAAGGGUCGUUCUGAAUCUGGAGCUAGAGGAGCAAGUCGUGGAAGAGCUAAUGGCCACCCUCAGCAGAAUGGAGAAGGAGACCCUGUCACUUUGUUUGAGGUGGUUAAGCUGGGGAAGAGUGCUAUGCAGUCUGUGGUGGACGACUGGAUUGAAUCAUAUAAACAAGACAGGGACAUAGCACUUCUGGAUUUAAUCAACUUCUUUAUCCAGUGUUCAGGAUGUCGAGGUACUGUAAGAAUUGAAAUGUUCAGGAACAUGCAAAAUGCAGAAAUCAUAAGGAAAAUGACAGAAGAAUUUGAUGAGGACAGUGGUGAUUAUCCACUUACCAUGCCUGGGCCACAGUGGAAGAAAUUUCGAUCCAACUUCUGCGAGUUCAUUGGAGUGCUCAUUCGACAGUGUCAGUAUAGCAUCAUUUAUGAUGAAUACAUGAUGGACACUGUGAUCUCUCUUCUGACUGGUUUGUCAGAUUCCCAGGUCCGGGCUUUCAGGCACACCAGUACAUUAGCUGCUAUGAAGCUUAUGACUGCUCUUGUGAAUGUUGCCUUAAACCUGAGCAUUCAUCAGGAUAAUACACAGAGGCAGUAUGAAGCUGAGAGAAACAAAAUGAUUGGCAAAAGAGCUAAUGAAAGAUUGGAGCUGCUGCUUCAGAAAAGAAAAGAGCUACAAGAAAACCAAGAUGAAAUCGAAAAUAUGAUGAACUCUAUUUUUAAGGGUAUAUUUGUUCAUAGAUACCGACAAAUGGCAGAAAACAAGAAAGGGUGUAUGAGAAGAGGGUUAGAAGGUGACGAGGAACCCAUAGUUCAGGUGGGCAGAGGGACUAUUGUUAUUAUGGAGAAAAGUGCAGGAGUGCUGGAAGGGGCCUGUGCUAAGGAAUACAUUGGUGUGAACAACACGGCGGAGUUGGGGCAUGUCUCCACACUACCUGAGCAUGAUAUUUGA